AAAUGAUCGACUCAAUUGACCCAAGUUACGUUCCUAAAGUCAACUAUACAAACUCUUUUAAAAGUCCAACUAGCAACUCAAGUCAUUACAAUACAACGAUACAAGUAGAAGAGGAAAGACCUUUGUUUGAAGGCUUGUCUGUUGAUACACGCCCUCCCACCUAUACUUUUUCUAGUAUGAUUGUAUCAGGACAAAACAAUAGUCCAAGUUGUAAGCGAAUGUACAGUUGGCUUACCAUACUCAUCAUAUUAUGCAUCAACUAUUUGUUGGCUUUUAUGGUGUAUUUUGGACGUCUUCUUCAGUCAGAUAUGACUUAUGUAUUCCUAUUUCGUCCUCAGUGGUUGGGUAUAUUUUUUGGACUUUGUCCAUUACUUGCUUGUUUAUUAACUUUGGGACAUCAGGGAGUGCAAAACAAAAUAGAGUGGCUAUUGCAGGAUUCCACUGAAAUAUGGCCAGUCUUGGUUGUUUGUAUUGUUUUUGCACUUCUUGGAGCAAUAUCCUUUAAUAUUUCUGGUGGUCUUGAAGGCUCGAUAAAUAUAUUUUCUAUCAUAGUUUUUGUUUGUGCUCUUGGAAGUCUCCAUCAACCACAACUCCGUUGUAUUGUGGGACUUACUUGGUCGGAUGCAACUGCUUGGAUACUCAUGUGGGUGACACUCGAUAGUCAUUGGAAUGAAGAUUUGUUUUUUGGGAGACAAGUUUUUGUCUAUGAUUUUUGGUCACUCAUGUUUUCCAAUCUUUCGAUAAUGGGUUGGAAAAUAUUCCGUAAACUACCUGGUUUCCAUUUUCGACUUUAUCCGGUGCAACUUGGAGAUAUACUUGUUGCUAUAUCGUGUGCUUUGGGGUUGACCAUGUUUCUUCCUAUAGCAGUUGCAUUACAUUAUGUUCCACCUUUGGCAUGGGAUCGUUUGAAAUGGAUCAUGGAAGGCAGUCUUACCGUGGGUCAUCUGUUGAGUGUUGUAUUGGUAUUUUUCCAUUUGUUCUUUACGGUUGCUUUGGUGGAAGAAAUUCUUUUUCGUGGAGUUGUAUUGGCAGGAUUAGAUGGAAAUUUCCCUCAAUAUCCUUAUUGUACUUUGAUAUUUAGUUCGAUUCUAUUUGGUUCUAGUCAUUGGGGACAUGAACAUCAAUGGGGGAAUCGCCUUUUAACUUGUGCAGUGGAUAGUUUAGGGGUAUGAUCGAUGAAAGAGGAUAAAGAGAAUUGUGUUGAC